AUGAAAGAAAACUCUAUUACUAACACAUAUAACACUAAUGCAUAUCAUAGCAAUGCAGAUUAUGCAGUAUUCAAUGAUGAAUCAAGUCACAUUAUCACAGAAUCACAACCGAUAAAUAGCUAUAUUUCAGAUGACGCCGAGUCGCAAAUAAAUAACGCCUCCAAUAUGAUGUAUAAAAAUAAUGAAUUGAGUAGCUAUAACAAUUAUAUGGAAUCAAAUAUCCCGCGGACUAAUUACCAAGACCUAUUUCCUUGCUAUACAGAAAGUUUAACUACAUGUUUCUCAGAGCAGCCAUACCAUGACCACCAAUGCGCUGACAACUGUGACAACCAAUCAUUCAGUCAGAUAUACAAAGGAUAUGAUGUAUAUGGCACUAAUUACAAUUACAGUUAUUUGAAUAACGAAUACGCCGAUCUGCCAAUGUACAGUCAGCCUAUCGGAUAUUAUGGAUACGAAAAUCAAAUUGAAAAUGUUUACACUCACCAAUUGCCAUAUACAAUCACCACUAACACUGAAAACAUAGCAUCUUCAACAAAUAAUGGAAAUGUUGCAGAAUGUAGCACCAGAAGCAACAGCUGCAAUUCUUCAGUAGCAGAAUUGGCGUGUGAUAAAUCAGAGUAUACAAAUGAAUUGAUUAAUACUAACCCGUUGUUCCAAUAUAAUCAGCAUGCAAGCGGAAUUUCAGGCGUGAAAUUCCAACCCUCUGACAACAGAUGGAUUGCCAGAUGGACAACAAGUGAUGGCAAAAGGGCGUGCAAGAGUUUUUCAGUCAAUAUUUACGGUUUUGAGCAGGCCAAGUCACUGGCAAUAAAUGCUAGGCAUAAAGGAGUUCUUCAAAGUGGUAGAUCUUUUUGUAACAGAGAGCGUCAACAUGCUAUGAGAUCUGGAGUAGGAAUUAUAGGCAUUAGAUUUGACAAGACCCAGGCCAGAUGGGUUUCCUCCUACUAUGAAGGAGGGAAGAGGAAAUUUAGAUACUUCACUGUCAAGGACUUUGGCUAUGAACAGGCUAAACAAAGAGCUAUAUUGUGGAAAACAUGCAAUGAUGAACGUUUGAUCCAAUCACGAAGGCCAGCAUAA